CCAAAAAGUCAUUGCGCGCAUUGGAUGACCUUGGGAACCGAAAGCUUGGGACUUGUCUUGUCAUCCUCGUUUCUUUAAAGAAACCCUUUUGAAUGCUCUUUUUAUUUUAAACAUGAUUUUUGUGGCUCUUUUAUUUCUUCUCCUUCUGUGUAGGUAAUCUCCUCUCUUCGCAAAAUCUCCCUUUUUUUACCUUUUGUCCAGAUCUGAAUAUGACUUCUUUGAGAGUCACACGACGUCGUAGCUCGGCACCGAAGGCCGCCGCUGGUGGUUCUCCAGGUUUAUCUCGUACCUUUGAGAGUAUGGCGCCACUGCCACGCACCACUGUACCCCAUUCUAGUUCUCAUAGUUUUGCUUCUUUAGAAGGGGAUGUUGAGCCUGUUAAGAUGGGUGGGUUUGUCAGUCCUGAUGUGGUGAUGAAAGUGAAUGUCAAUGGGGAUGGUUUCGCUAGAGAGGACGGAGGCACCGUAGAGGACACUGUGGCCGAACAACUUUUGAGGCUUUUAGUGGAGUCGCGGCCCAAAAUGCCUAGUAAGGCCAUACCAGCUAUGCAGGCGAAGCGUGGGGCUACAUCAAUGGCUGCCAGGACACCAGAGACUCUAGAGAAAGAAGUCACCUCGCGGGCAAAAGAGGUACUCGUGGUGAUACUUGAGUCUGAGGUGGGGGCUGAUAAGUUCGAGCUUUUUUUGAGGGAUUGUAAACGUCAUUCGAAGGAUGGAGAAGGUCACUCGCGCCCUCCCCAUCAAAAGAAGCCUAAAGAGUUUGUUUCCCUUGUGGCUGAUGUCGUUGUUGCUGCUAAGGCAUCCUACCGUGAAGAAGUUAAACGCCUCAAGGGGCGUCUUGAUCAGGUUGUUCAAAGUUUUGCUCGGGUGUUUGCUCUUGGAGAGGCGAUGGAUAAGACUGAGGAGAUGGCUCGUAUCCGACGCGAUCAUGAAGUGGCGAAGCGUAGGAGUGCUGAAGUGGAGGAGCGUCUGAGUGCUGAGGUGACAGAGUUAAAGAUGAAGAACGCUGAUCUCGUGACUGAUAAUGAGUUGUUGAAUGAUCUGAUCACUUCUUACCAGAAGAUUGAGGCUGAGAACACCACCAUUGCUGCUGCAAUCAAGGCCGAACAUGAGAGGGUGUUGAACUCUUUGCGAGAUGAGAAGCGUGGUUUGGAGGAAUCACUUGGGAAAGCGCAAGCUGAUUUAUCUCGAUGUCGUGAAGAAGCUUUGAAGGCUGUAGAGGAUGGUUAUCAGGUGUGCUGGGAUCGAGCUGUUGAAGCUAGAUAUGACAUGAAGGAUCAUACCUUCACGAAGUACUGCGAGAGUUUGGUAAUUUCUGAAGACGGUGAUGGUUCUUCAAAUCAUCUUGCUGAUUAACUAGUUUUACCUUUUGUCGCUGGGGAAUGCCCCUAAGAGCGUUGUAAGCACUUUGAGAUGAUCUGUUGACUCUGUUGCUUCAAACUUUUUUUUCUGUGUUUGUUGAAUUCUGAUUCUCUUUUGUCCCGCUUGUGGGAGUAACUAGUGUUUGGUGUAUGCUUGUUAUAUUA